GAUGUCAACAAAGCAGCUCCUGAGUCAGUGAACGCGCUCCAUGUCCACACUCAGAGCAGGGUUCGGCUCCAUGUGGACCCGCAGCGCCUGGUGACGGACCAGCUCAGACCCAGGUUCGGCACCAUGCGGACACGCAGUGACCUGUGACUGGCCGUGGACGUGCAGGAGGAGCCGUUUGUUCAGGGUGUCAGAGGAAGUGAUGUCGGAGCAUCAGCAUGACAGUGAGGCGUCAGCGCCAGUGUACGUGUAUGAAUCCAAGGUGCACUGUGCCAACGUGUUACUGAGUCUGGAGGAGCAGAGGCGGCGGGGACUCCUCUGUGAUGUCACGGUUCUUGUGGAGGGCAGGGAGGUCCGAGCACACCGGGCUGUCCUGGCUGCUAGCAGCAGCUACUUCCUCCAGGUUCUGCUGGGACACAACGAGUCCACGAGCAGUACAGAACCCAUCAUCAGCCUGCCAGACAAGGUGACAGCUAAAGGUUUUGCUCCACUGCUCCAGUUCGCCUACACUGCCAAGCUAGUGUUAAGUCGAGAAAACAUCCAUGAGGUCAUUCUGUGCGCUGACCUCCUUGGCGUCCACAACCUGGAGGACUCCUGCUUCCAGUUUCUACAGGCUCAGUUGGAGAGUGAUGGACAGCAAUCCAGAAAUUGCAAGGCGGCUUAUGAUGAGGACGAUACGGUCUUUUCCCGUGACCUUCCCUUUGUUAGCUGUUCAGAAACAACCAAGCAAAACUGUCAAACAGUCGAUGCAUCGCCUUCUGAAGAUCUUCCACAAAGUCCUAAACCUUGGGGGUACCAGCACCAGGUUUUUGAAAACAAGCACAAUAGAUUGGGUCAAACGAUUCCCCCUCUGACCAGUUCGGAGCCAACAGACACCGCCGCCGCUCCGCAGACCAUUCUUACCCCCUCCAGGAUUAAAGAGGAACCCUUUGAAGAAGCAGGACAUGAGAGGAAUGGCUUCCAUGCAGAGAUUGGCACUGAGGAGGUUCUAGAGAUGGAACUGGAGGUCGAGGGAGUUCCAGUGGUGGAAAAGCCCUCUGCAGACCAGGAAUUACCCUCAUCCUGCCUGCGUUCCUACCUCCAGCGAGGUGGCCUGGACCUCGGCACCGUGACUGGCAGCACCAUUCAGCAGCUUCUCACCAACCAUCUGUCCAUCAGCCACUACAGGGAGCUGCUCAAAGACAGGCAGCGGAGUAAGAUGGACUCUCUAAACCACUCUAACCUCAGCAACGUCAAUGGCAGGGAAAUGCAGCAAUUCAAAACCUCUUCUUCUCAGUAUGAAGGAGAGUUUGACCGACGUACAGUCAUUUUCUCCUCUGCAGCUGGUGAGCAUCCUUCAUUGUCUCACAGGGAGAAAACCUCCACAGAGCAAACCGAGACCUCUUCAUCCGAUCUGACAUGCCUCACCAGCUCCCCCGUCUCCAUCAACACCCCUGCUGCCUCUCCUGUACCAUCUGAACCUCAAACUCAGAUUUCCAGCUCCAAAUCCUCAUAUCCAGAUGAUAAAGCCACUGGCAGCUCGCCGUCCAGCCUGGCCUUUGACCCCUCCUCUGCCCCACAUGUUGGUUCAGGCUCUGCUCUUUCUCACUGUCUGGUGGGGGUAGUGGAGGCCAGGACACCCCUCAGGAGCGAGGUAGUCUUCAGCCAGGGUCACAUAAAGAUCAAAAGUGAGCAGGUGGUUGGUACCAGUGGAGGAAACUCCAGCGAAGAGUCUGAAUCCUUCUCAGAAGGCGACAGCGAAGGUGGUUCCAGAGUCUCUGGACCUGAGGUGAAGCUGCCUUUCCCUGUGGAUCAGAUCUCCAACCUCCCUCGCAACGACUUUCAGGUUCUCAUCAAGAUGCACAAAUUGACCUCAGAACAACUGGAGUUCAUCCAUGACAUCCGGAGACGCAGCAAAAACCGCAUCGCUGCUCAGCGCUGCCGCAAGAGGAAGCUGGACUGCAUUCAAAACCUGGAGAGUGAGAUCCGAAAACUGGUGUCCGAGAAGGAGAAGCUGUUAAGUGAGAGGAACCAGCUUAAGGUCUGCAUGGCAGAGCUUUGGCAGAACCUCUCCUUCCUCUCCCAGCAGGUGUGUAGUGAGGUCCAAAGUAGCCAGACUCAGCCGGUCUCCGCCACCAUCGACCUUACAUCAGAUUCUCUUUCGUCCUGUCCGGACCAGGACUCUGCAAAGGCCAGGUCCUCUGUGUCGCUGCAAGACGGGGUCAGAGAGAAUCCCGAAGAGCUUAAGAGUCGACAGCCAGUCCAGGAUGAUGGUCCGCUGGUUCUGGUAUCUAAUGAGGAAUUGUGUAGCCCCACAGUGACAGUAGAUUUCUGUCAGGAGAUGACAGUGAAGUGCACAACGGAAGAGGCGGACACACUGGACUCAUCUUGAGCAGAACCUGUUUACUCACCUGAGGGGCACACCUGUAAUUUCUUCAGCCCCAAUGGAUGGAUGAGAUCCGCUUGGGGCAUUAUGAGAAUGGCCAGGUGUGUUUUCUCUUUGGAUGGCGGGGAAUUAACAAGAUGGCAGCUUCCUCUCCUUUUGUGAGCAUUUCAUUCUCCGGUUUAUCUCGGUUUUUCUCAGGAAAUAUACAAACUGUUCUGUUUUCUCCUCGUUAAUGCUUCCUUAUCGCUUUGUUGAGUCUUAUUUACAAAACCAAGUCCAUAAUAAACGGAGCAAGAGGACCAAACUAAAUUUCUUACAGAGCUUCAUGUUGGUCUAGAGAAAAAGGAAAGUUUCUUUUUAACAUUGAGAGCCGUUGUUUACAUAGAGAUUUAUUUUUCACCUGCUCACCUCUGUAAUAGGUUCCUCCUUUCUAUGGAGCUGUUUUCUUGGAAAAUAUGGAAAUACCAACAUGUGUGAGCAGCAGCAUCACUAGGUGGGCUUAUUUGCUACAAGGGAACAGAAAAUUCUAAUUGUCAUAUCUUAAAAACACUCAAGGUCAGUUUUCUCCAUCACCAGUUUAAAUUGACCAUUUUGUACUUUUUAAACAGAUAAUUUUAGACCCAUCUAUUGGGUGGAUCCAUUUGUAUCCCCUAUUCCUGUUGAGUAUUUUCCUGACUUUUACAUAGAAAAAUGCCAAAUAUGGUCUGUACUGUAACUAAAUUGUAGGUUAUAUUAUUAUCUAAAAUCUAUGUAUUGUAAUUUUUCCAUUUAAUUUAAUUUAGGGUUGGCUAUCAUGAAAUAUGCUGAUUGAAAUCAGAACAACUCCAAAAGUGACCUCCAUUAAUAUUGGUUAUAUAGUAGUUAUACAAUAAUGAUUUCUUACAGCAGACUGAGUGAAAUAUCUAUA